AGGAGUUGAACGCCACUCCCAUCUGGAGAAGAUUGGCAACAAUUCUGAGGAGCCCUUGCUUUUCCCAAGACCCCCAACAUUAUGGCUUCCCAUUUCAUGGGGUCUCUCAGGGUCCUGGGUUGUCUCCUGCUGCUCGGAUUUCAGCUCGUCUGCCCACAGCCUUCCACUGAACACAGAAAGGUCCCGCAGCGGAUGGCGGCGGCCCAGGGCGGCCCGGAGGACGGCGGCGGCGCCCCGGGCGUGUGGGGCGCCUGGGGGCCCUGGUCUGCCUGCUCGCGCAGCUGCAGCGGCGGCGUGAUGGAGCAGACGCGGCCCUGCCUGCCGGGCUCAUACCGCAGCCGUGGGGGCCGGCAGCCCGGAGCCCCCGCGCGUGCCUUCGCAGGCCACGUGGUGUCCGCCGUGCGCACGUCGGUGCCCCUGCACCGGAGCCGCGAGCAGCCGCGUGCCACCGCGGGCCUCGACGCCCGCCGCCAGGGCCCGGCGCUGCGGGGCAGCCGGAACCCACUGGCCCGCAGCCGCGAACCCACGGCAGAAAGAAGGAGCAAGACCCGAGGUCCCAUUGGGCCUGGCAAGUAUGGCUAUGGCAAGGCCCCGUACAUCUUACCACUGCAGACGGACUCUGCGCACUCGCCACAGAGGCUUCGGAGACAGAGGCCCUCGUCCCAGCAUUCCAGGUCCCAGGGGGCGUCUGGUCCUAGCCAUGGCUACAGUCUGCCAGCCCACCGGGGCCCUCAGCAUGAGCCUCUGCACCAGAGUGACAGCAGCCCUCAUUCUGGACUGCAGGCGUCUGAGACCUCUGCCUACCAGCUGCCUUUGACCCACGACCAAGGCUUUCCUGCAACUUCAAGCCUCUUCCACAGCCCAGAAACAAGCAGCAGCCAUGGCAUGGGGGCCCAGAGGGCGGCCCAGAGCUUCUCCCAGCCUGCCCGGUCUACCGCCAUCUCCUGCAUCGGGGCCUACCGGCAGUAUAAACUCUGCAACACCAAUGUGUGUCCAGAAAGCAGCAGGAGUAUCCGGGAAGUGCAGUGUGCGUCCUACAACAACAAGCCGUUCAUGGGCCGCUUUUAUGAAUGGGAACCCUUUGCAGAAGUAAAGGGCAAUCGGAAGUGUGAGUUGAACUGCCAGGCGAUGGGCUACCGCUUCUACGUGCGGCAAGCUGAGAAGGUCAUCGAUGGCACACCCUGCGACCAAAACGGCACAGCCAUCUGCGUGUCCGGGCAGUGCAAGGCUAUGGCCUGCCAGCUACCCCCACCCCAUGGCGGGGCAGGGUGCCCCUAA